ACUUUUACAUCACACACCAUCCGUUUCCCACCUGUUGAGUUCAAAGCUGAUCAAGAUGUCGUCUGUUGGUGAUCAGGAAGAACCGCAAGAGGUCAACAAGGAGCUUACUGUGCAAGAAGAGUACCAGCUAUGGAGGAAGAACUGUCCGGCGAUGUAUGAAUUUGUCUCUGAGACUGCUCUAACAUGGCCUUCCCUAACGGUUCAAUGGUUACCUGAACCAAUUGACGUUGUUGACGGUGGUAUACCACAGAAGUUGAUUAUCGGUACGCAUACGUCGGGCGAGGAUACGGACUAUUUGAAAGUGUCGUCUACGAUACUGCCAAAGACACUGGUAGACGUUGAUGAGCCAACCCAACAUGGGGAGCGUGUUGCUGGUGAAGCCUCCGCUGAGGUGUUGAAGAAGCAGACCUACAACGCCCGUCUGAAGGUGACGAAGAAGUUUGAACAUGAAUUGGAGGUCAACAGGGCUCGUUACAACCCUCUUAAUCCUAAGCAAGUUGCCACGAUAAGUGGUGCUGGACGUGUUUUCAUCUACGACAUAACUGGGGAAAAGACACAGACUCCACUGGAAUUGAAGCACCAUACCGUAAACGGGUAUGGUCUGUCGUGGAAUCCGUUCAUCGACGGUCAAUUGCUGACGUCGAGUGACGAUGCCACAGUGGCAUUAUGGGACGUCCACCAACCUGCAGCCCCGCAAAGAGUCUUUACACAUCACACGGACAUUGUCAACGAAGUUCAAUGGCACGGGUUCAACAAGGACCUCUUUGGCUCAGUAAGCGAUGACAAGACCAUACGCAUUGUCGAUCUCAGAUCGCAUGACGAUACACAGGUGUUGCAACGUGACUCUGCAAUUAAUACCAUUGCAUUCUCGAAGCACUCCAGCUAUCUCUACGCCGUUGGGCUCGAAGACUCCACAAUUGAGCUGCUCGAUCUCAGAAACACAAAGGACAGGCUCCACACGAUCGUGGGACACUCGGAGUCCAUUUCAUGCCUCGAAUGGGAUCCUCACAACGAUGGAAUACUGGCCUCGGGGUCUCAAGACCGUCGUGUUAUACUGUGGGACAUCAAGAAGAUCGGCGAAGAGCAAACACAGGAGGACGAAGACGAUGGUGCACCGGAGCUGUUCAUGAUGCAUGCUGGCCAUACCUCUUCCGUCACAGACAUCAGCUUCAAUUCGAAGAUCCCAUUCACUUUGGCAUCGUGUGCGGACGAUAAUAUCAUCCAUCUUUGGAAGAUUUCACGCAAAUUGACCAGUGAAUACAAGGGCGAAGGACUCGACGACGUUGAUGUGUACUCACUGGAGUGAGCUCUAUAUAUAAAUCUAUAUAUAACUGUGUAUUACUACUCUUUUAC